AUGGAGGAGGAGCGUAAUGAUUGUGGGAUCUUCUCUGUGAUGUUUUUUGAGAGGUGGGAUGUCACCAUUGAUGUCAGGUGGGCAUUUGACUUUUCUGAUAUAGAAAAUAUAAGAGUGAAGCUUGCGAAUUCAGUAUUUUCCAGCCCAACUAAUUUAGUUGACAAGGCUUUAGUAAAUUUCUUCUAUGAGCAGGACCUUGAUCCUCGACUAUUCAAGUAG